AUGCAUCUUAUGGCGAAUUUUCUUGUACUUUCUGAAAAUACUCGAUUUUUGGAAAAGGAAAAUGGACUAUCCACUGUGUUUAUUCGUAAAUGUUAUCUUGAUCUGCAAGUUGUUGUCUUUAAAAGAAACAAAAUUCGUAUAACCGGGAAUCCAGGUAUCGAAAAAACCUAUUUCAGAUACUAUUUACUUUAUUUGCUCGCAUUACAAAAUCAGACUAUUUUAUAUGAUAACGCAAAUGAGGCUAAACCGAUUGUCUUUUACAGAAAAAAUGCCACUAAAAGCAAUAGUGAAGACAUAGAACCAUACCUGAGGGACUCAGAUGUUUGGUACAUCGUAGAUAGUAAGGAACUAAUGGAAGUACAUGCCAACAUGAAAGUGGAGAGAGAUCAAUACGUGCAGAUUUUAUACAAAUAUAAAAAAAAAAGACAGGCUGUAUAUUUGUUUAAUAGGUGGAGAGGAAUCCCUCAGUUUGUUUUGGAAAACGCUAAUGACAUAACUCACCAAAAUAGGCUUGAAGAAGCAAUUUCAUGUAUUAAAGAGAUCAUUUUUGAUUAUGUUAGUGAAAGUGUAGUAGGAACAGAUGAAAUUAAUCACAAGAUAGCUCAUAUCCAUCUUGAUCGAGAUGGUAAAGAAUCCUAUACACAGGUAACUGUAAGAUUUGCAUUGACUUAUUUGAAGCAAAGGGUGACUGAUCAAUAUGAAGUGCGUAUAAGAGAAAAACUUAUUGCACAAAUUAGAGUGGGUAUAGGUAGUUCACUCUUGGGUAGCUCAUUUGAGUAUAUUGCUCACAGAAUUUUGCAACGAGAUACUAAAAUUCAACAAAAACAGUAUUUAUUUGAUCAAGCUACAAAAAUGACUAUUGCAAAACAUCAUCCCAUUAAUCUGGCUGGUUUAAAACUUCUUUGCAACAAAUUAGGUGACACAUCAGGCAAGGAUUUUAUUUACUAUUAUUUCGUUAUACCGGUGGUUCUGUAUGAUGAUUUUAAAUUGCAAACAGUUGAUGCCAAGAACACACCAGUUUGGAUUG